GCGCGCGUGGCCGCAGACCCGCGCCGCCAUGGCGAAGGAUUUCCAUUCGUUCCACUUCUUCUUGCACCCGCCCGAGGGCCACUUUUGAGGGAGCCCCGCGCGGACAUGCUGGCUGCGCACCCGACCCUGUUCCGAUGUUCCGGCGACUUCCCGCCUGCAGCAUGACGGAGUGGAACCUCAGCAGCGGGCUCCCCCGGACGGACCCCCCGAGCCCGAACGGAUCGGCGCCGAACGCCAGCGCGUGUUGGACCUCGGCGCUGGACUCCCGCUCCGUGUGCCUGGGACUCUCCCUGGCGCUGUUCAUCCUGCUGGCCAUGGCGGGCAACGUCCUGGUCAUCCUGUCCGUGCUGUGCAACAGGCACCUGCGCACCGUCACCAACUUCUUCAUCGUCAACCUGGCCAUGGCGGACCUGCUGCUGAGCGCCGCGGUGCUGCCCUUCUCCGCCUCGCUGGAGGUGCUGGGCUGCUGGGUGUUCGGCCGGGUCUUCUGCAACAUCUGGGCGGCCGUGGACGUGCUGUGCUGCACCGCCUCCAUCCUCAGCCUGUGCGUCAUCUCCGUGGACCGCUACGUGGGCGUCAAGCACUGCCUGGAGUACCCCGCCAUCGUCACGGAGAGGCGCGCCGGGGCGGUGCUGGUGCUGGUCUGGCUGGCCUCCACCGUCAUCUCCGUGGGCCCCCUGCUGGGCUGGAAGGAGCCGCAGCCGCCGGACGCCAGCAUCUGCAGCAUCACGGAGGAGCCCGGAUACGCGCUCUUCUCCUCGCUCUUCUCCUUCUACCUGCCGCUGCUGGUCGUCCUGCUCAUGUACUUCAGGGUCUACGUGGUGGCCCGCAGGACCACCAGGAGCCUGGAAGCGGGCGUCAAGCGGGAGCGCGACAAGUCGGCGGAGGUGGUGCUGAGGAUCCACUGCCGCAGCGGGGCGGAGGACCCCGGCUGCAAGAGCGGCAGGCAGCAUCCCUUCCGGAGCUCGCUGUCCGUGCGCCUCAUGAAGUUCUCCCGCGAGAAGAAGGCUGCUAAAACUCUCGCCAUCGUGGUGGGAAUGUUCAUCUUGUGCUGGCUGCCCUUUUUCUUCUUUCUGCCCAUGGGCUCCUUCUUCCCGGCGCUGAAGCCCUCCGAGACGGUCUUCAAGGUGGUCUUCUGGCUGGGCUACUUCAACAGCUGCAUCAACCCCAUGAUCUACCCUUGCUCCAGCAAGGAGUUCCAGCGAGCGUUCACCCGCCUCCUGCGCUGCCGCUGCCGCCGCCGCCGCCGCACCCUGCGUCGCUUCUACGACCAGAAGUGGCGCUCGGCCGUCCGGGCGAGGGACCCCAGGGGACCGCACGAGGUGUCCUCCUACGUGCCGCACGAGUCCUGCGGCAGCUCCUUGCUGAGCGGGCGGGGGGGCAGUUUGAGGAGGUGGAACAUGUUCCCGCCCUUGCAGAAGUCCAACUUCCAGCUGUCCAAUAGAAUGAAUGGAGGAGGCGCGCCUGCCGUGGUCGACGUGGGGAUUUUCAACGUGUGCGAGCAGAGCAGCUAUCACAUCUACGACUGUUACGGCCUGAAGGAGACCGACAUUUAAUGUCACGCUUUAUUUAUUCUCAACCCAUCUUUUUGGGACCAUCAUCAUUCUUUUUUUUUUUUUUUUUUCUGAAAUUUUUGGGUGAUCAGACCAUAUUUUUAGUAUAGGACAGGGGUCGGGAACCUUUUUGGCUGCGAGAGCCCAGAAUCCAAAUAUUUUAAAAUGUAUUUCCGUAAGAGUGAAGUGAAGUAAAUUAUAUUUAUAUAGCGCUUUUCUCUAUCGACUCAAAGCGCUUUACAUAGUGAAACCCAAUAUCUAAGUUACAUUUAAAGCAGUGUGGGUGGCACUGGGAGCAGGUGGGUAAAGUGUCUUGCCCAAGGACACAACGGCAGGGACUAGGAUGGCGGAAGCGGGAAUCGAACCUGCAACCCUCAAGUUGCUGGCACCGAGCUAUGCCGCCCCAAGAGCCCCAAAAAAUAUUUUUUUAGCACUGAACACAACUAAACGUGUGCAUUUUUAAGUAAGACCAGCAUAG